AUGGUCGUCUACGCACAAGCUACGAAAACAGUGAUCGCUUUAUUGACUCUCCCCUUGCUCUCUUCUGCUCACCUAAGCAAAUGCCAUAUAAGUGACUCGAAUACGUGUGAUAUCAACUCACUAUCUCCGUCUACCGAUGGUAGUGUAUUCAUAUAUCCCGGUGGCACAACUCGCUGUGCAUUCGAUGACUAUACCGACACUGUGAGUAGCUUUCAAUCGAAUUCGACGUAUUUCUUCCAGGUAUUUCCUGCUGUCAACCAAUCGAAAAACAAGUUACUUCUUUUCUUUCAAGGAGGUGGCGCAUGCGUUGGUAAAUACACAUGUGACUUUACAUUGCAAUGUCAACUUGGCGAUGAUUCUUUGAUCAGUACCAGAGCGACUGUGACGGAAAAGGGAAUUAUGAAUCGUCAUCUUGGUGACAAUGUCUUUAAUGACUUUAAUAUUGUAUACUUACCAUAUUGUACAGGCGACUUAUUUGUGGGAAAUAAGUAUCUCGAGCCAUUUGAGAACAUGUACAGUCAAGGAUUAGAGAACAAGCAAUGUUUGGGUCAGAACAAAGGCAUGCACUUGAAUGGGUACAAUAACACAAUGGCAGUGAUUAAAUGGGCACUCGACAAUUACCCAAAUCCCGAGCAGAUUGUUAUCGGUGGAUAUAGUGCUGGAUCAUUGGGUGCUCAAUUAUGGUCUACGUUCGUAGCAAAAGCAUGGAACGUUGAGACGAAAGCUACAAAGUUUCAAGUGCUGGCUGACAGUUACGUUGGUGUGUUUCCUGAAUUCAACCGUCCUGCAAGUUCGCUUGUCAAUUUUUACGGUGGAUGUCGUCUUCUCAACUUUCCAGACAGUAUUGUAAGUACUUGUGAAGCAGAAACUGCAACAGCUGUCGAUUUAGUGAGUUCUUUGAUGAAAGAGACUCUUAGUGGUCAAUGGCUUUUUAUCAACAGCAUUGGUGAUGAAACUCAGCGCAUGUUUUACGAACUAGUUCUGCUGGGUAUUGCUGGUUUUCCGUUUACGCAGCUCCGCCCAGUAGAUGAAUUUUAUGGGAAUUUAACUGCAAUGUUGAAUGUCUACUCUUCUUUCAUGGACGUCACUCGCUUUGACAUUGACAGUGAGGAACACGUGUGGCUGACUCGUGAUGACUACAGAAGCGUAAAGCGUUUAGAUGGUCAGCUUUUGGGCGAUGUUAUGAGCGCGUGGCUCUCGAACAAUCACAUCUCAUUUAGCGGAGUUUAUCAGGCGUCACCAGGGUUUCAAACCCGUUAG